AUGGCGUUGAUAAUAAUAAAUGGGAAUGCGUGCAUUAACCCAGAUCUGAUUGGAAUAAGAAUGAAAAUGAGCAGCUCGACGCGUGCCUUUGUGGGCAUGCAAAAUAAAUAUGAUCGCGUUAUAUUGCUGGUGGAUAUGGAUUGUUUCUUUUGCCAAGUCGAGGAGAAAAUGCAGCCGGAAUACCAGGGAAAGCCGCUGGCGGUGGUGCAGUAUAAUCCUUGGCGUGGUGGCGGCAUUAUAGCUGUCAACUAUGCAGCGCGUGCCAAGGGCGUCACUAGACACAUGCGAGGUGAUGAGGCCAAGGAGCUGUGUCACGAUAUAAUCCUGUGCAAGGUGCCCAACAUAAGGGAGAAAGCAGAUACCAGCAAAUAUCGUGAUGCAGGCAAGGAAGUGGCAAAUGUGCUGCAGCGUUUCACACAGAAACUGGAGAGAGCUUCGGUUGAUGAGGCAUACCUGGACGUUACCGAGACGGUUAACAAGCGCAUGGAGCAGCUGCAAACAGGCGAAUAUACACUAAAGCCCCAGGAGCUGGUGAAUACUUUUUCAGUUGGCUAUGAGUGCAUUGGAGAAUACGUAAACAAGAUCACCAAUCGUUUUGCCAAUCCCUACGUGGAUGAUGCGCGCUUCAUGCUGUCUUAUGAUCACAAUGACUUGCCUGCCGUGCGUCAAAGCGACUUACGGCUGCUGAUUGGCGCCAGCAUAGCGGGCGAGGUGCGUGCAGCUGUCAAAGCGGAGACGGGCUAUGAAUGCUCAGCGGGCAUUGCGCACAACAAGAUACUCGCUAAGCUGGCAGCUGGCAUGAACAAGCCCAACAAGCAGACAAUAUUACCGCUGGCGGAGAUACCAGGACUAUUCGAUACGCUGCCAGUAGGCAAGAUCAAGGGCUUGGGUGGCAAGUUUGGUGAGACGGUGUGCGAAACGCUGGGCGUUAAGUUCCUGGGCCAGGUGCUCAAGUUUAGCGAAGCAGAGCUGCAACGCAAGCUAGACGACAAGAGCGGCAAUUGGUUGCAUCUUAUUGCUCGCGGCAUUGAUCUGGAGGCGGUGACGCCCCGCUUCUACAGCAAAAGCAUAGGCUGCUGCAAGAAAUUUCCUGGACGCAACAACAUAACAGGCUUGAAAACUCUGGAGCAUUGGCUGAGUGAACUAUCCAGUGAGAUCAACGAUCGCCUGGAAAAGGACUUUAUGGAAAACAAUCGCAAAGCAAAGCAAAUGGUGGUGCAAUACGUGCAGGAAAUUGACGGCGAGGAAGUUUCCAGUUCACGCUCCGCUCCAAUUACUCAAUGCGAUCAAGAGACACUAGCGAAGCAAGCCUUGGAGCUAAUCAAAACUAAUACUAAGACAUUCUUGCGCGCAGGCGGCGAUUCUGCAUUGAACAAUGCCAUUCGCUUUCUGGGCCUUAGCGUGGGCAAAUUUGAAACGGCGUCCAAUGCGCAAAACAGUCUUCAAGCUAUGUUCGCCAAUCAAGCAGCUAAGAAGCGGCGCAUCAGCGCAGAGGAGGAUCAUGUAGAAAAGCCAGCAGUUGUGGAGCCGAAGGCAAAGCCCAGCGAGGCAGCUAAAAUGAAAAGUUUCUUUGCCAACUAUUUGCAAGCAGGCAAAGCAGAAGCAAAAGCUGUGGAAGCUGAAAAGGAGUUGCCGCCAAAGCCAGCGCCAAGUGAAGCAGAAGCAACGGUGCCUGCAGCUAAGAAAAGCGUCUUUGAAACGUACAAGCGCAAACUAAUAGAAGCAACUGUGGCAGAGGAAAACGGCGAAAUACCGACUUCAACGCCACCUGAGCUUAAGGAAAGUUUCUUUGCUAAUUACUUGAAGCUACAAAAGGCGAAGGAUCAAACAAGCGAAGAAGCUGCUGCAAAUGAAGACUCUGCAGAUAUGAACGAUUUGGUUGCUGAGCUGGAUGAGAUUGAAGCAAGUAGCGCCAAAGUAGAAGAAAAUACUGAAAUAUUAGACAUGCAGCCCUCCACAUCGAAGCGCAAAUUGGAGCAAGAGAGUCCCAGCCAAGAUUACACUAAGAGCUAUGCUGAGUAUGCUCAGCCUGUGCUGAGCACAGAUCUUAUUACCAUGGUCAAGUGUGAGGAGUGCGGCGCACAAAUUCCCGAUGAUCUCAAGGCAUUGCAGACUCAUCGUGAUCAUCACUUUGCCCAGCAGCUGAGCCAUCAAAUACGCAACGAACGCCGCGAGGAAAUGCAGCGCAAACGCCUGAACGCUUCAACCACAAGUACUAGUUCACCUCCGUCCAAGCUCACUGCAACUAAAAAGUCUAAAAAGACAGCUAGCACCACCAGCGUAGCCAAGACGAAACCUGGGAAUAGCAUUACAAAAUUUUUGGCGGCCAAACCAUCAUCAGAGCCUCCAGCCAGCACGAGCAGUAAUCCCAUGGAGCACUGCGCUGAGUGUAAAAAAUAUAUAAAAAGCGUAGACAUGCCGGAGCACUUGGACUAUCACAUGGCUAAGAAAUUACAGCGUGAGCUCAACCAGCUUCAAGUGCGCACCAUUAACUUGCCUUCCAAGAAGGUUUCACCCACUGCUGCCAAGAAGCAGCUCAACUCCACUUUGAACAGCACGACGGGCAGUAAAUCCAUAACGCAGUUCUUUACUCAAACCAAUUGACCAAUUUACAGUAUAAAUCCGAAUUGAAUGUUGAGCUUUAAGUUGACCAGUGCCAUUUGCUAUAAGAUA